UAGUAAAAUCUUAUGUUUUUCUUGGUUGAGCAAUAUCCUAACUAAAAUGUCUCGAUUCCACCACAUAUAGUGUGGCUAGUGGAAUCCAAAUUAGAGCGGAUAAUCCUUCCCAUUUCUUGAAAAUGCAUUCAUCCUUCCUUUCACAGUGCAUGUGGGCUUUGUCAACUUUCACAAUGAUUCUCUCCCUCUCCCUCUCCCUCUCUCACACACACAACGCACGCACACAUACACACACGCGCGCAAACAAACUCUCACACACUAAUUUUCUAUUUGCUUUCAUCAUCCCAUUGGACUGCUACUAUUUGUAAUGCUUCUCUUUUCAAACAUCCCAUGAUAGCUUUACAAGAACUCUCCUCCAUUAUAUUAUCUUUCUCCUCACUUCCCCUCUUCAAUUAUUUCUCUCUCUCUCUCUCUCCCUCUAAAUUCUUCAUUGAUGAUUCACCAGUUCCCACUAUAGCUCUAAAACCCCUGCAAAUCUCCCCUUCCCCAACCAACAUCAAUAAAUCCACAACCAUGGCUCUCGAAACAUGGUUGAUCAAGGUGAAAAGAAGCAUCGCCCACAGCUUCGACUCAGUCCGCGCCGCCCCACCAGCCGCCGCAAUCAGGAAAUCCAACGUCGGCGUUCUGGCAUUCGAGAUCGCCGGUCUGAUGUCGAAGCUCCUCCACCUAUGGCAAUCCCUCUCCGACAAGAACAUAGCCCGGCUGCGAGGCGAGUCGAUAUGCCUGGAAGGUGUUCGUAAAAUUGUCUCAAACGACGAGGGCUUCCUUCUAGGCCUCGCCUGCGCGGAGCUCGCCGAGAAUCUCCGGCUGGUGGCCAAGUCCGUGGGGCGCAUCAGUAAGAAAUGCGAGGACGCCUCUCUCCGAUGCUUCGACCGCCUGUUCGAGGAGUUCGCCAACGCCGGGCGCGAUCACCACAACUGGCUGAUGCUGAGCGCCAAGGAGGUGGAUUCGAAGAUGAAGAAGCUGGAUCACUUGGUGGCCAUGACGGCCACUCUGCACAGGGAGAUGGACGAGCUGGUGGCGCUCGAAAACGGGCUGAAGAAGUCCGUGCAGGGCGGGGGGAAGGAGCAGAAGAUGAUGGAGUUACAGCAGAAGAUCCUUUGGCAGAGGCAGCAGGUGAAGUACAUGAAAGAGAAAUCUCUGUGGUGCAGAAGCUUCGACACCGCCACGUGUAUCCUCGCCAGAUCCGCCUUCACGGUCCUCGCCAGGAUGAAGCUCGUCUUCGGAGUCGCCACGUCGCUCCCCCGCAGCCUCUCCUCCUCCUCCUCCGCCCUCGUCUACCCUUCCGAAAACCCUAAUUCCUGCCUCUUCGCGUCGGGCCCGUUGAUGAAAGAUCCCCCAUUCAACCAGCUCGGAUUCUUCGAGCUCAACUCCAAGACUCUUAAACCGCCGGCCACCACCCUAGGCGCGGCGGCGCUGUCUCUCCACUACGCGAAUUUGAUCAUCGUGAUGGAGAAGAUGAUCCGAUCGCCGCAGCUGGUGGGCGUGGACGCGAGAGACGAUCUCUACUCUUUGCUUCCAAACAGCAUUCGGUUCGCGCUGAGGGGUCGGCUGAAAGGGGUGGGGUUCUCGGCCAGUGAUCCGGUUCUGGCGGCGGAGUGGCGGGAGGCGCUGCACAAGAUUCUCGGCUGGCUGUCGCCGCUCGCGCAUAACAUGAUCAAAUGGCAGAGCGAGAGGAGCUUCGAGCAGCACAAUUUGGUGCCCAAAACGAAUGUUCUCUUGCUCCAAACACUUUACUUUGCCAACCAGCAAAAGACCGAAGCUGCCAUUACUGAGCUGCUUGUUGGCCUCAAUUAUAUUUGGAGAUUCGAGAGGGAGAUGAAUGCUAAAGCCAUUUUCCAUUCCAGUAACUUCACCGGCUACCUUCAUUCUCAUGAUCCUAGUUAAUUAUUAUUAUACUUCAAUUAAUUCUUGGAUUCAAGUACAAGAUUUGGUGAGGUGUGUGAUGAUGAUCGAUCAAGGGAUUUUUGUUUUAAGUUAAAUCUUGUUGAUUCCUGCAGAUCUGUGAGGAUAGUUUGGGUUCUAACCCCUGAUCUGUAAGUUGUAAUAUACUUAUUUUUGUAAAUGUCACAAUGUUUUGGGGAAAGGGGAAAAAAUCAUACAUUUGCAGUUCCAUGUGAA